CUUUAAUAACAGGUAAUUUGCCCCAGUGCUGUAUCAGGAAAUGGACUGGAACCAGUUUGACUUGAACCCUAAAGUAAUUGCUGCCCUUAAGAAAGCUGACAUAAAAUCAGUCAAAGAGAUUUUAAAUCUCUCUGGUGCAGACUUGCAAAGGCUGACGAAAUUGUCCAGUGCGGAUAUACAGUGCUUACUGAAAACAGUCUCUUACACACUGAGGAGAAACAGUAUGCUUACAGCACUUCAGCUCUACCAAGAUAAAGAUCAUCUCACCUCUCAACACCAGAAGCUAAGCCUAGGAUGUUCAGUGCUAGAUUCUUUGUUAAAAGGUGGCAUUCCUUUAGUUGGAAUCACAGAACUUGCCGGGGAAAGUUCUGCUGGGAAGACUCAGAUUAGUUUACAACUGUGCCUUUGUGUGCAGUAUCCAUAUAAAUAUGGUGGACUGGAGUCUGGAGCUGUCUACAUUUGUACAGAAGAUGCAUUCCCAAGUAAACGUUUGCAGCAGCUCAUAGACCAACAACACAAGCUGCGUGCAGAUGUCCCAGCUGAAAUCAUACAGAAGAUCAAAUUUGGAAACAGUAUUUUUGUGGAGCAUGCAGCAGACCUGGAUGCCUUUCACAACUGCAUCACUAAAAGGAUCUCGCUGCUGCUCACGAGAGGCAUGGUGCGGCUGGUGGUCAUCGACUCUAUCGCUGCCUUGUUUCGAUGCGAGUUCGGCGUCUCGGAUUCUGUUACGAAGGCUCGCUAUCUGCAGACGUUUGGAGCACAGCUUCACAGCUUAAGCACUAAGUUCAGGACUCCAAUAAUGUGCAUUAAUCAGGUGACGGAUGCAGUGAGCGAGUCAGAAGCUGCUCUGUGUGGUUGCAGUCUAGUGGAUAACAGAGUCAUUCCAGCACUUGGAAUAAGCUGGGCAAAUCAACUGCUCAUGAGACUGAUGGUCAGCCGAGUGUUACAGCCUGAACAAUCAUCUGGAGCUGCAUCUCACCACGCUGGAAGUGUGAGGACUUUAAGAGUAGUUUUCGCUCCCCAUCUCCCUUUGUCCUUUUGCUACUACACAGUAAAAUUGGAAGGUGUAAAAGGAAUAAAAUAAUUCCUUUACAUAUUGAAGCAUCUUCAUCCAAAAAAUUGUACCAAAACUACCUUGCUUCAGGAAGAAUGACCAGUAAAGGCAAAUCCUUCUGAGCACAGAGAGACAGACAAAGAAGUGGUGAUAUGACCACAUUAAGCCUUGUCUACAUUGUGAAAGAUCUUUUUAUACUUGUUUGUCUGGUCACCAGCUUGUCCUCACAAUGGGAGUCUUCUGAAGGAGAGUGAAGCUGUGGGCAGGGGGAGGCUGCACAACAAAGUGUGAUGUGGCAAUCCCCAUGUUAAGGGAGGCUUGAUUGCUGAUUUCGUUUCAGAGCAUGCUACUCGAGGCACAGCAUUUACGGCAAUUGUGUACUUCUCUGGUUCCAGGCCCCAAGGGAGUCAGGGUGAACCAUUUAAUA